AUGGGGUUCGGUAGAAGAUGGAGGGCAUGGAUUAUAGAGUGCAUUAGAUCAGCUUCUAUAUCUGUAAUGGUUAAUGGGGCUCCUUCCAAGCCGUUCAAGAUGGAAAGAGGGCUUCGACAAGGUGACCUGUUAUCACCUUUUCUAUUCAUCCUCGUUGUAGAUGUGCUGAACAGGAUGAUAGGUGAGGCGGUAAGAAACAGGAGGAUAGCUCCUCUAUUAGUAGGCAGGGACAAUGUAGAGCUAUCUCACCUCCAGUUUGAUGAUGACACUAUUUUGUUCUGCCCACUAGAGGAAGAGACAGUUAGAAACUACAAGAGACUCCUGAGGUGUUUUGAGGUCAUGUCGGGAUUGAGCAUCAACUUUGACAAGUCUAGUUUGAUACCGGUAAAUUGCAGUCAGGAGUGGGCCAGUCAAAUGUGCAGGUUGUUAGGAUGUCAGGCGGCGAAUCUACCAGUAAAGUAUCUGGAAAUUAAUCUAGGUGCAAACCCCAGGCUGGUAAAAACGUGGAAGCCAUUGAUAGAUAAGGUGGAGGAGAAACUGAGUUUGUGGAAAGCAAAGGUGCUAAGCAAAGCGAGAAAGCUGGUUCUCAUCAAAUUCGUGAUCAAUAGUCUGCCUACGUACUAUUUGAGCUUGUAUAAAAUGCCAGUUACGGUGGCAAAAAAAAUCUCAUUGCAAAGAAGAUUCUUUUGGGGAAAGGACGACGGACAACCUGGAUUGGCUCUUGUAAAAUGGGAGAUGAUACAGGCAUCGAAGAAAUUAGGGGGACUAGGUGUGGGAGAUGUGAUGAUUCGUAAUACCGUACAAACAUUGACAGAUGAUGUCCUCAACUAUAAGUUCACAAAUGGAAUAUGGAAAGGAAUUGUUCCACCGCGGAUAGAGUUGUUUACUUUGUUUAGAGUGGUGCAAAAGGUAACCCAUGUUGUUGAUGGCUAUGCCGAAGAUAACAUAGGAGUUGCAGAACUAUAUUUUUUGUUCUUAUACAUAGAAGGAGAGAAAUUUGAAGUCAAGUGGAUGGAAAGGAGGAAGAGAACUGGAAGAGGGGCAACCGGUGGCUGCUGCCACAUCAGCAGUGAUGCUCUCCAAUAG